AUGCCUUUGCAAAAACCACCAAGGGAGUAUGCAAAAUCAAAGUGCGAGAAGAGAGUCAAGAAUGAAACGGAACUGGAGAAAUGCAAGCUCUGCGUAGAGGAGUACACCCUUCCAGAGUUUCCCUCCAAAGAAGAGAUCAGGAGUCUUAUUCGACAGUGUGUACCAAGGAAAGAGCCAAAGGAAUGGGUUAAGGGAAAAUGUGAAGAAAACACCGAAAAGUUGGAAGACAUCGAAGCCUGCUAUUUGUGCGUUGACAAUUUCAGUCUUCCUCAGAAUGUGACUCGAGAUGACGUGCGAGAAAUGAGAAGAGCAUGUCUACCGCAGCCCAGCCUCAAGUAUAAGGCAAAAGGAAAAUGCGUGAAAAAACUAAGGGAUAAGGAAGACAUCGAAGCAUGCAAGGAGUGCAUUCAGUCAUACGAUUUACCAGAUAAACCAUCAUGUGAAGAGGUGAAUGAAAUGAAGAGGCUUUGCCUUUCGGAGCGAUCGGGCCGGGAACUGUGGUCAGAGCCAAUAAUGCAAGAAGAUUACGAUGAUGAUUUCGACUGAAUGAAAAGCUUCUAUCUAAAACGUAUACAUUAAGGUUCCUUGUCAUUUUAGAACGAACCUUAAAUUAUCCCUAGGAAAACACCACCACUUCACAAGGAAUAAUUCUGCCUUUUACACAAAUGAUUUGGU